GCCGGGAGCACGCGGCGGCGGCUGGGAGCGGCGGGAUUGGCCGGGCGCUGGGGCCGGGCCGCGCCUUUCCGCCGAGGGCCGCGCUGACUGGCGGCGGGGGGCUGCGGGGGGGGAGGGUGGAGAGUAAACAGAGUUGACUCAGCCUCCCCCUGGCCAAUUGGAGGGGGGUUGCACUGUGACGUGAUGGGGUUCUGCAAAAUUGUCACAGAGCCGGGGAAUGCCGGAGCUCUGCGAACCGGCCGGGGCAGGGGCUGCGCGGCCGUCCGGGCGCCGGGGGGACGGUGCGGCCUAGACGCGGCGCUCGCUGCCCGAGUCGGGGUGCUGGGCUGACGGCCCCCCCGGCGGGGCUCCGCGGAGGGAGGGAGGCCGCCCCCGCCCCCGGGGGCGGACUCCGCGGGAGAAACUUGCGGCCGCCACGUGCGGCGGGGCCGCCCGUCGGGGGCAGCUGGGCCGGGCGGCUGCGUGCGGAGGCGCCGCCGGUUACGUAAAGAUGAGGGGCUGAGGCGGCCCCGCCGCGCCCGCGAGCGAGUCGGAAGCGCCGGGCCCCCGCCCCUUUGGCCGCCGCGCCAGCCCGCCCGCCCGCCCGCCCGCCCGCCCGCCCGCCCGCCGCGCUCCCUCCCGUCCGUCCGAGGCUGGGCUGGGCGCGCUGAGCCCGUCCGCCGCCAGCACCCGCGUCCGGCCGCACCAUGUCCGCGGCCGCCUACAUGGACUUCGUGGCCGCCCAGUGCCUGGUGUCAAUCUCCAACCGCGCCGCGGGCCCCGAGCUCGGGGGCGCCCCGGAGGCCGAGCGCCGGCGGCUCCCGGAGCGCGAGGUGGCGGCCGCCAAGGAGCACGGCGAGCCGGCCGACAGCACCUGGAAGGACUACUGCACGCUGGUCACCAUCGCCAAGAGCCUGCUGGACCUCAACAAGUACCGGCCCAUCCAGACGCCCUCGGUGUGCAGCGACAGCCUGGAGAGCCCCGACGACGACCUGGGCUCCGACAGCGACGCGCCCACCGAGGCGGGCUCCAGCCCCGCGCACAGCCCCGCCGGCCAGAGCCGGGAGCCGGGCGGCGCGCCCAGCCCGCUGACCCUGCUGCACCCCGGGGCGGCCGCGAAGGGCAAGCACGCCUCGGAGAAGCGGCACAAGUGUCCGUACAGCGGCUGCGGGAAAGUCUACGGCAAGUCGUCGCACCUCAAAGCCCACUACAGAGUGCACACAGGUGAACGGCCCUUCCCCUGCACGUGGCCUGAUUGCCUUAAAAAGUUCUCUCGCUCCGACGAGCUGACCCGCCACUACCGGACCCACACGGGGGAGAAGCAGUUCCGCUGCCCACUGUGUGAGAAGCGCUUCAUGCGCAGCGACCACCUCACCAAGCACGCUCGGCGCCACACCGAGUUCCACCCCAGCAUGAUCAAGCGGUCCAAGAAGGCGCUGGCCAACCCUUUGUGAGGUGCUGCCUUUGGAUAGAUGGACAGCUAUACACGUGCAAACCACCAAGCUCAGAGCCAGCGCGCAGGCAGCGCAGCCAAGUCUCACCAUUCUUUGGUCAAUCUUCUGAUUGUGUCCCCCUCCUUCCUCGCAUUGUUUUCCCAAGGGGAAAAAAAAAGUACAUUGUAGCCUAAGAUCAAAGUCCACACUUGAUCCCCCUAAAGAGGCAGCUUUGAAAUGUCUCGACUGUUGGAGGGAAGGCAGAAGCUUUUUUUUUUUUUCCCCCUCUUCCCCUUUCUCUUCUUUACUGGGGGUGGGGUCACGACCAAGAAUGGGGUCGAAUUUUAAAGAUUCAACACUGGUGUACAUAUGUCUGACUGGGUGAGUUGACCUGGGGCUUCCACAGCGAUUCCAGGCCCUUCCUGCUUGCUGAGUUGUUUUUCUUACCUUUUUAAUGUAAUGACGAGUGUGCUUCCAUUUCUUUAGCAAAACCACUCUCUUCAAUCACUGUUAAAUUAACUUUUGAGAUAUAAAAAAAAAAAGGAAAAAAGAAAACAAAACACCAUAGCACAGCUGUCUUUAUGCAAGCAAGAGCACAUCUAUUCCGGCAUGAUCUGUCAUUGAAAGACUUGAAAUCAAAACACACACACAUAAACAAAAUGUUACUUAUAGCCAAUGGAUAAGCAGAGUCUGAAUUUAUACUAAUCAAGAUAAACCUUUGAAAGGUUCUACGAAGUACAGAACUUUCGAAACCUUGCUUUGUAUGAAUUGUACUUUUUGAACAUAAGCUGCACUUUUAUUUUCUAAUGCAGAGGACGAAUAAGUUCAAUACAUGCUUUAUGGGCAGUAGCAGACAUUCUGUUUGGAACUAUAUUAUAAUCCGCUUAUUUUUUACAGUAUAUACGUUUCCCUAAGAAAUCAUGGUGAAGAUGUAAGGGCAGAAUAUAUACAACAGGUAGCUAUAAAGGAGAAAGGAGGGUAGUAUUAAAAAAAAAAUCUUGAAAGAACAAAAUAAUUUAAACUAUUAACUUUUCCAAAAUUUCCAACCAUUUUAGUUAGCAUCUUAUUGUAUCAGAAUGCCACAACAGGAGAGAGCUUGGGUUCUGGGUUUUAUUGGAAUGGGUAAUAUCACAGUAACUAGUUCUGGAAACUAGUUCUAUCUUUCAGGGGAAAAGGUUUACUAGCGUCCUUCCCUCAUCCCUACAAAACUCCCUACUAAAUAGGUGCAAGUGUCAGGGAAAAGGAAAAAGGAGCUUAAAAUGUGAAAAAAAAAAAAAAUACCACAAUGAGUAGCAAGUACCAGAGGAAAAGUACCACAAGGACCACAGAGGAGACUCUGCGGUAUCCUCCCUCUGGGGGAAAGGAAGCUCAUGGACUAGGAAGGAGAGGAAACACAUCACUGUCCCUUGGACAUCAGAAGCCUCACCACUAUCUAUUUUUGUAUCCAGGUGUCUACUAGUGGCCUAUACCACUACAUCCAUUAUAUGCCAUUUACCUGAAAACUUGUUCUUGGCCUUCAUAGGGUCAAAACAAACAAACAAACAAACAAACAAAACGAACUGAGUUUUCAUAGUGAAGAAGCAUCCUCCACUUGGGAAGUAAGUCAGCAGUGAUCCUGGGGAAAUGUUUACAUUUUUUUUCUUCAGAAAUAAUACUUUCUGACAAGUUCAUAAAUAAAUAAACAAACAAACCAGGGAGCUCUGGGACACUCUAGUUUAUACACGUACUGUGAGAUGUGUUGUGUAAACAAGGGGUGCUACCUGUCAGUGAACUUAUUCGAUCAUUGACGCCUGCUCACUUCCGGGUCAGAACCAUUGUGAGCUCCUGCAGCAGGUGUGGAUCACGGCUGACUCCCGACUCCCAAUACAGUAGCCAUCACUAGCACGGUGUGUGUGUAUGUGUGUAUUUUUAAUUUUAUUUUAAUUUCUGCCGUGGUUGUCAACCAAUGUAGUUGUACUAGUGGCUCUUGAAAAAGAGAGCAACUUUUAACCUUAGGGGCUGGGAGCAGUCCAUGGGAGGAAAAAAAAAAAAAAAGAAAGAAAGUGUUUUCUCACGGGAAAGCAUGUCAGGAAAAUAAAUAAAUAAAUAAAUACAGAACACUUUCUACCUCUGUUUCAGAUUUUUGAAACGCUUAUUUUAAACCAAAUUUUUUCAUUUCUGUGUCCAAAAUCAGUUCUGAGGACAUCUGUUCUUCCAUACGAAAUAGGUUGGGCUGCCUGUUUCAUACUGAACUCACGGAAUGGUUCUGCUUGUGAGCCUCUGCACGAUGCCUUUUAGGGAGUGAGGAGUCAGGAAGUUGCCUAGCAACCCUCUGACACAUACAAGCUCAUCUUUCCCUCACAGAAAGAAAGGAAGGAAAGCCAAGCAAAGUCAGUGAAAGACAAUCUUCAUAGUUUCAGGAGUGAAUCUACAUGUGGCUUUUGUCCAGCAUUUAGAUGGAUGUAAAUGCAGCAACUUCUUUAAAAAAAAAAUUAAGUAAAUGCACAAUUUUCUUCCCCAAAAAAGUUGCUACUUGCCUUUUCAAGUUGUCGAAGAAUACACAUUUGAUAUUCUCUUAUAUGUCAUAGUAAUGUGACCGUAUAAACUCAAGGCUUUUUAUUCUUUGUGAUAAAUCCUGUUUUAAAGUGUCACAAAACAGGAACCAGCAUUCUAAUUAGAUGUACUCUACCAAGGUUUGGUUCAAAUAGAACUACUAGAGUUCAUUGAACACUAAAACUAUGAAGCAAUUACUUUUUAUAUUAAAAAGACCAUGGAUUUAACUUCUACAAAUCCAAAUGCAGGAUAGUAAUUUUUGUUUACUUUUUUAACCAAACUGAAUUUUUUGAAAGACUAUUGCAGGUGUUUGAAAAACAAAAACAAAAAACAAAAAAAAAAAGAAAGAAAAGUUGUUUUACCUAAUACUGUAAGUAGUUGUCAUAUUCUGGAAAAUUUAAUAGUUUUAGAGUUAAGAUAUAACUCCUCUCCUUGGUUAGGGAAGAAGGCUCUUCACCAUUGUGGAACAAUGCCCUGGCUUUCUAGUCUUAUCUCUACAUUCAUGCUUCUUUUGAGAAUUAUAUUUGGUAGUUAUAGUCACAGAAAAUGAUUGUUGUCAGUCAGCAGGUAAAUUUAGCACAGUACUCACCACUAUGGAUAGAUUUGAGAUGUUCUUUCCCAACCGGUGAACGAAUGAUCUGUAACACUGUAAGAUAACUGAUCUUUACAACUGAUUAAUCAGUUUUAUUUUUGUACAGUAUUAGUGACCUAAGUUAUUUUGCUGUCCCGUUUUGUAAAUCAAAUGAAAUUAUAAAAGAGGAUUCUGACAGUAGGUAUUUUGUACAUAUGUAUAUAUGUUGUCCAAAUAAAAAUAAUAAAUGGUAAA